UUAUUUUUUUUUGUUUCCCAUCUCUCUCUCUCUCUCUCUCUCCUCUCUCUCUCUCUCUCUCUCUCUCUGCGCUUACGCCGGCAUUUUCUCCGUUAAUCGCUUCGUCGUCUCUCAGAUCCGCCAGAUGUUAUUUGCAGCAGAAGGAGGAGGAUUCUUCUCUUCAUCAGCUUCCGGGUAUAGCAACGGUCUAGCCCUUCUUCUACUUGGCCAUAAGAAUGAACAAAAACCUGUGAGGGUAUCACCUUGGAGCCAUUACCAUUUGAUAGCCGAAGACUCUGAUACCAAGUUUCACUCGGAUUUAUCUAAGAAUUGGCUCUCACGUCGCUGUACUUCCCUUAUAUGCUUUGGUCGUAAAUCUGAUAGUCAGCCACAGGAAUUUCCUUCUGACAGCGAGGGGAAGAAGGAUCAUGCACCACCACCGAGUGUUGACUAUAACUGUGAAGUCAGUAAUAGGUUUGCACUUAAGAGCAGCUUGAAGAAAAGAUCUUCAUUUAGCGGUGUUGUUCUUGCUGAUGGUGAUGAUCUGAGUAGAGACGGCGUCCUGGAUCAUGCUGACAGAAGGAAAGUGCAGUGGCCUGACACCUGUGGAAUUGAGAUUGCUGAGGUCAGAGAAUUUGAGCCUAGUGAAGUGGAUGAAUCAGAUAAUGAGUUGUAUCACGGAAAUAGAAAAAGUUGUAUGUGUGCAAUCAUGUAACCAGAAUCUCCCUUAAUGGUAUUGGCCAACAUAUAAACUCAAACAAAGCAGAAGCUAAAAGACAUGUUUUCAGAGACAGAGAGGGCUUUCAAUCGCAGCUCAUAUAGUUGAGGUAGAUGCUCACCAACUUCUUGUCCUCUCUUUUCAUGCGCACCUUUGAUAUAUGAAGAGAGAGAGAGAGAGAGAGAAAGAGAAAGAGAUAUAAGAUUGGAUAAGAAGAAGAACUUUUGGAUGUGUACCUUUUGUAGCCACUUGUCAACUACGUGAGAUUGAUUAUUCAAUGUACAACCAUCUCUCUUAAUGCU